CAAUGACGGACCUGUUCCGCUUCCGGUCCGGUUGUCAACAGAGAAGCUCCACGCGUGUUUUCAGUCUGUGAAGAUGCCGAAGACUCAGAAAGGAAAAGCGGCGGAGAAAGUCGUUCAUCCGUACAGCAGGAAAGCUGCAUAUCUGGCCCGAGAGGAGAUCAGACUGAAGAAGAAAGAAAGGCAGAAGACUGAGAAAGCAUCGCGGCUGCAUGGCACUGGUGAGAAGCUGCUGUGGUUUCAGAGUCAGUUGGAUCCGACAAAGACGACUUACACAAGAAAAGAUGCCUGUGACAUCAUUGAAAGGUACCUCCAUCGCUUUGAUUCAGAGCUGGAGCAGAUCGAGCUCGUGAACGGGAUUAAAGGUCGGCAGGGUCGCCUCCACGGCGCCAGAGAGGCCGUCAUCAAGCAGACCGUGGAGCGGGAGCGGGCGCUGUACGAAGGCGUCGGCUUCGAGAUCCCAGACAUCAUCAACACCAAGCACCUGAAGACAUUCAGAGAGUGGACUGGAGAUCUGAAGAAGCUUCCAAAUCUUAAACUGCGUAAAGUCUCCAGCAAAGGUCUGGACACAAAGACUGACGGAGAAGAGAAACAGGAGGCAGAAGUGGAUCUGGAGGAGGAGGAGGAUGAAGAUGACGUGGAUGAUGAGCUGGUGGAUGAGGCGCUGCUGAUGUCAGACUCCCAGUGAGGCUUUUUCUGUGGAUCUGGACCUGAAAGACUUCUUCAGAGAAAGUGAGAGAGGACGCUGCUACUCCGUGUCUGUCCAGAAGAUGGCGAUAAACCCUCAGAUGGAAAAGUAAAAUUUUUCAUCCGACUCGCCUCCUUUUAAUUGUUGUUGCUUAGUAACACGACAGCAGCCUUCAGAGGGGUUCUACAUUCAUGGUUUAUUGCACAAACAAAUAUGUGUUGAAUGUAACCUGAAUGUUCCGUUGUAUCCAAUUAGUUAGAAAAAAGGUUUUGGACAAAGAUGUUACGUUUUUUUAGACACAGAGGAAGCUGUAUUUUCCGUGAUGUGCCGGGGACACUGGUAGAAAACCAAAUUAAACCAGUAGAAAAGUGGACAAGUGUAAACAAGAGUGGCCUUUAGUCGACCGACACAGAGUGGCGGUUCAGAUUUAGACGCUUCUAUGGUCUAAUGUGAAAACACGAAGGGAUGGCAACACCAAAAGCUCUAGUUACAUCACUGUUUGGAUAACGGACCUCAUAAAGCUGCAAACUGUCCCAACAAAACAUCACCAACACCUGGACUAUUUGAGAUUUUCUAUUUUAAUAAAUAUCCUAAACUUU